AUGUGGCAAACAAAGAAGAACAACCCAAACCACAUAAAGAGGCCGAUGAACGCGUUCAUGGUCUGGUCGCAGAUAGAGCGCAGGAAAAUAUGCGAGCAGACACCAGACAUGCACAAUGCAGAAAUAUCCAAGAACCUCGGCCGCGUGUGGAAGACGCUCAACGACGAGGAACGUCAACCCUUCAUCGAUGAGGCGGAGAGAUUGAGGCAGUUGCACAUGCGAGAGUACCCCGACUACAAGUAUAGGCCCCGCAAGAAAACCGCAAAGUCGGACAGGUCUGGACCUAAGACUGGAGGCGUGACGAAACCAAAACGCAAGCAACGCGCAGACUCCAAUAACAACAGGGGUGUUACAAGGCGAAGACGGCCCGUUCCAUCGGUUCCCAGUGUACCAGUGGAAACUCCCGCGCCUCCUCCAUUGCCGGCUAGCCCAGCUGGCUCACCAGACUCCCCAGAGUCAGCUUGCUUCUACGAAGACCAUAACCGUCGCGAGCAGGCGGACUUAACAGAUCUCUACUCCAUCACCGACCUGCUGCCGCUCCCUGCAGACUGCGAAGUAGACCUGGAGGCCCUCACGACGGACAUAGACUCGUUUGAGACCGCGUCCUCUUCAUCAGGGUCGCAUUUUGAGUUCUCGUGCACGCCCGACGUGUCGGACAUGCUCAGCGAGAUUGGCGUGGCGGGCGACUGGGUCGACCACACGUUCUCAUCGUAUCUGACGUCGUCUUAG